GCCAUUUUUUAGCGACACGUGUGUAGAAGCUGUAUUUUACAUUUUUGCAUGAGGUGAAGCGUAUCUGCGUUCAUUAUAAAGCGCGUUCCCGUCUGCCGAGUGGGAAGAUCCUCAUUCGCGGAUUUACAGGCGAAGGGGCGGCGGCGCGGUUCACUUUCCUCAGUAGGAUGCCAGUAAAAUGGGGAAGGACAGCCAGGGACAGACUCGGAAUCCAACCGCAGCAGGUAUGAAGAGCUCCCUCUGGUUGGCAGAGAGGGGGCAGCCUCCGGACGGCGAGCUGCUCGGCUACUCCCUCGAGGGCCAGCACGACGUAUCAGAGCACAGGCCCAGGCGGGAGAAGAAGCCGAAGACCUACACAUUGUGCGAGGUGUGCAAUAUCCAGCUGAACUCGUCUGCCCAGGCGCAGAUCCACUACAAUGGCAAGUCGCACCAGAAGAGGCUCAAGCAGAUCGGCAGCAGCAAGCAGAACAGUAGGACAGGUACUCCGACCCAAAGCAGCACCCUGCUGGCCUCCCUGCCUGUCCCAGGGCGCCCAGUGCAGCCACAGCUGAACCUCAAGCACCUUCUGCCCUUCCGGCUCGACGGUUCCUCCCCGCUUAGCCUCUUUCCCAAUUUCAACGCGAUGGAUCCAGUCCAAAAGGCCGUGAUCAACCACACCUUCGGCGCCCCCCACCCCCUCAAAAAGAAGCAGAUCAUCUCUUGCAACAUUUGCCACCUUCGCUUCAAUUCUACGAACCAAGCAGAGGCUCAUUAUAAAGGCCAUAAACACGCCCGCAAGCUUAAGGCCCUGGAGGCCCAGAAGAAUAGGCAGCGGAGCUCUGGACCCCCGCCGGGGAGGGAAGGCCGAGAGAAGGCGGGGCCAAUGGAGAGAAUGGCCCAAGACCCAAACCUGGAAGCCAUGAAGUUGGAUGUUUCCCCUGGAAGCUCACUCAUGCUCACGCCUUCACCAGACAGCUCUUCUUUGGAGCUGGCAGGGCUGGGGUCCUCCCAGGUGUCCCCCAUCUCCCAGGUGUCCCCCCAGGAGUCCCCCGCCUCCCAGGCAUCCCCCGUCGCCUCCCAGGUGUCGGAGUGCACGUCAGACAACGGUGUUCCUGAGGCUUCCGGCCAGGCCUUUGAACCCGGUCCCCAGGAGUCACCCGGGAGUGAGGGAGAGCCCCGGGCACAGGGGGACCGAGACCCGAAGAAGGACAGGCAGCAUCUCCACUGCCCCGUGUGCAAAGUCACUGUCAACUCCCUGUCUCAGCUGGAGGCCCACAACAGCGGUUCCAAGCACAAGCUGAUGCUGGAGGGUCAGAGCGUGCAGCCAAGGCGCCGCAGUAAGCUUCUGUCCUCUCGGCUGGCCGGCAAGAGCAAGCGCAUGGGCGCAAAGGGCAGCGUGGGCGUCGCCAACAAAUCCUUCCACUGUGAACUGUGCGAGAUCUACGUCAACUCCGAGACGCAGCUCAAACAGCACACGAACAGCAGGAGGCACAAGGACCGGCUGGCUGGGAAACCUCCGCGGCCCAAGUUCAGCCCCCACAGCAAGCACCAGCAGAGCUCUGUCUUAGCGAACUGCAGAUGGAGCAGCUACGCGGGUGGGGUGGUGUCCGCUAUGAAGAAGGUGUUUGACCACUGCAGCCUCACCACGCUCUCCCCGCAGACCAAACUGGCCCUGCAGAAGCAGCUGACCAAAGGCCUAACCACCAGCUUCCUACCCAGCCCGCUGAACCCGGCCGCCCUCUGCACCAUGGCCCCAAAUCCGCUGGCCUUGCGUCACCCAGCAGGAACCACCACCCUCAUCCAGACCCCUCUGCUGAGCCCCGCGCUCUUUCGGCCUGCCCCAGGGCCCCUGAGGGCCACGCACACUCCCAUCAUCUUCUCCCCAUACUAGACCCCCAGAAACCACAACCUGGAGACGGAGAGGACUAUGCAGCCAGGGAAACAAAAUUAAAUGCCGAUAUCAUCCCAUGAGCUUCAGACACAUGGACCCCGAUACAGACACUUCACAGGAGCUGAGGUGUAUGGUGGCUUUCCUUUGCUUUCUGAAGAGUGUUGGAGAAGCGUGAUUCUCCUUUAACAAGCAGGUGGAGCAAAAUCUGCGUAUUAUUAAUCUGUCAGCAGUAGGGGAAGGCCUCUGUUUGUUUUCCUGACAGGGCUGAUGCCAACGAGUUCCCUUUACUUGACACUUCUUAAACAUUUCUUACAAGCAAGAGCAGGGAUUACGCACCUCUGGGGUCCCCACGCCAUUCCAAUCGCCAACUUAUACGCAACGAGGCGACCCGGUGGCCCAGCAGGGGGUGCCGGAUCUGCACAGGGGCCGUGUGACACUUGCAGGGGAACAGCCAGAGUUUCUCUCCACCAGACAGCCCUAAUGGAAAUACGCUCCAUGCAGUGCUUUCACUUGGGGGGGGCUGGUGUGGUAAGCCAGAAGGGUUGGAUUUACAUAUUCGCGUGAAAACAGAUCUGGAUGCUUCCAGCCUUUGACAAUCUGCCUCCCUGUGAUUAAUAUGUGGGCAUUAUGGGAACUGAGGAACCAUUGAUCCAAUGGCAUGAGCCCAACAUGUCUGCCAACGGAAGCUAUCAGGCACAUGGGCGACUCUAUAACAGCGAGGAACCUUCAUAUCGUGGGGCCUUUCAUAACUAAAUGAGUAAAGUGAUUUUUGUUUCAAUAGUGAAACAGUGACCCCGAUGCCAGUCACACGGUUCGGCCCAAUGUUUCCACCACGGUGACGUAGACCGUUCAUAGCGAGGAUGUUGCCAGCCAGCCCUGUUCAUAUUCAGUGACAAAAUGGAUGAUACCUCUGACCGUUCAUAGUUCUCGAGUGGAAGUAUCACCUGUUACAUUUCACCAGCAGCCACAUGUCACUCCCACUCAUUUGUACAGCAACUCAAAAUCUCAUGUGCUUUCAGACCUCAUUCUGACACUAAUGCGCUAACAGGGUCAUUCACUGAACACCAAGCUUUACCAGUGUCCACCAUAUUCCCAACAUGACUUCAAACAUUUGCCUACUGCCACGACUUCUACAGCUAAUAUACCCUCCGCCCCAUUAGUUUGAUCACAUCUUCUAAAUAUGUCAGGGAAGUUACACGCAUCCCCACCUCCUUUUGCGAUGUCUCGUUGCAAGUCCGGACAGCGAGUGGGACAGAGAUUCCUGAAUCGUAUAUUUCCAGACUCUUGCAAGUCAUUGUGGAAUUAGCUACAUGUGUAGUUGUAAGAUUUAAUCCAAGAAAAGUGUUAAACAGACUUAAUUAGCAAAGUAAGAAUGCUUGAGGUUGGGGGUGGCGGGGGGGGGGGGAGACUUGGGGUCUUGAAACCGUUUGAGACAUAAUAGGCAGGAAAAACACGGGAAAAACUAAGCACAUGCAAAUACAUGUCAUGUGACAUGCAUAGGGGCGGGUCAUUUGUCAACAGGGUCAAGGCGUUACUGUUUAUCAGAGGGCCAAUCAUGGGAAUUCUAUUUUCAGGUCAAUUAAUCUUUGGAUGGCUGCAGCGUUAUGGGCUAGAGAAUGAAUUCCGAAAUAGUCCAUAUUCUCUGACACUCUUUACGCCUCAGAGGAACCACAGAUGUGCUGCUUCCAUUGCAAGCGUCAAGGAACCGGGUGGGAUAGAGAAGAAAUGAGAUGUUUGCGGCCCGUCGCUCGCUGCUACUUCGUACGCUGUGAAGACCGAGGCCGGGAAGGACAAACGGGGUUUUCAGACGCCUGCAGAUCUGCUGUGGAGAAGAUGCCAGUUACAGCACAGUGCAUUGUGCAGCUGGGAGCAGGGAUUUUUAGCAAUGGCUGUGACUGUCGUCUAGCGUUAUUGUCACUCAAACGUCAUCCUUAUUUACAUGCUGUUGUUUUGUUGUAGAUGCACCGGUACAGUUUUGCUCAGUUACUCUCCCUUGUACUACAGCUGUUAGAAAGUUCCACAAAACAGAAUUACCGUGCAAGAUCUCAUAGCACUUAUCACUGGUACCAUGCUGACUAUAGCAAAUUCUAUAGGUAUUCCUCACUCUCUUA